GUAUAUAGAUAUGUAUGUAUAUAUAUAUAUAUAGAGAGAGAGAGAGAAAAAUAUAUAUAUAAAUAUAUCAACCAUAAAUGUCUUUAGGGCAAUAAAAUGUUAAUAUUAAAUGUAAAAUGCAAAGAACUUUGAAUCAGUGUGUGUAUAUACAGACUCAGUGUUGUAAGCAUGAAAAGCGUGUGCAAAUAUAACUCUCAGAAGUGUGUAGGAAACUAAACAUAAAUAUCAUUUUAAUUAGGAAAGGUCUUGUUGAAAAUCCACACAGUAUUUCAUCACCAACUACACACGUCAAGCAUUUACGUGCUAUUAAAAAGAAGAAGAAGAAAAUAUAGGAACUGACGGAUGUUGAACUUGUUUCACAGACUUUCCACAAUGCAGUCAUAAACGGAUAAAAAGUUUGACAAUUGUUUUCUUCAGUAAAUAAAGAUCGUUGAAUAAAUUGCUUUGAUUGGUUUGUAACUUGCGAAGGCUAAAUAGAAACAUCUGUCUUUGUCUUUGUAUACUCUUAAAUAUUAGGAACGUAACUAUAAAUGGUUUAAAACGGGUUCAUUAAUAAACUGAAAAAAAUUGCAAGCCUUGGCAAACUGCUGUGAUACAAGUGGAAUAAAACACUGCUGUUAUAGGAAAAUCAUCAGCGUCUGGGUGGUAACAGUAACGCCGCUUCAUCACAUCACCACAUCAUUCUCUAUUCCUUUAAUUCUUUAAUCAAAUUGACAUUUUGUCAUUAUCAUAUAUUCUAAAAAAUAAAGAAAUAAACACAUAAAGCUAACAAUUUAUUGACAGAACAGCGUGUAAAUAUUCUUUAAUAUUAUAGUUAAUGGGGUUUUUUAAAUGUAUUUUUAAACCUGUUUACAAGUUCUCAGGUAAUCCAUGUGCCUCUGACACGCCUACCUGCUCCAGCACACCUGAAUUAUCUCGUUAACUCAUUAAGAAGUCAGGUGAUGAAGCGAGAGUGCUGGAGGAGACAAGCAGAAGCACUCUUAAGUCUGAGGAGGUUCCAGUAGCCUGUGUUUUCAGUCGUUGUGAUUAAUCUACCGUUUCUGUCCCGGUCUGAAGUUAAGAUUAUCGAUCGUUGUUAUUAAUGAGUUGGAGGUGAUGGAGCAGGCCGUGUUUCCUCCAAGAAGCUGCCAGCUCUCCCUGAGGAGCAUCCUCUCUGUACAUGACCAGCCGGUGUGUGAGGAGCAGGCCUGGGCGCUUUGCUAUCAGCUCUGCUCGCUGCUGGAGAGGAACUUCAGCCUGAACGAUGGUCAAACUUACGGCUCAUGGAAAGGUUUCAGGCUCCCGGGACCGGAGGGGAUUUUCCUCUCCUCGGAUGGUAACAUCUCUCUGAGGAUCGAGCACGGCAAAGUGGGUAAGAUGUCCAGGUUUCCGCGUUCUCUCGGGGAACUGGGGCGAUUCGCAUCCUGCCUGAAACACUCAGGGUUAGCAGUGUGGCUCUUUUUAAUUCAGACUGUAGACUACGUGGGUCGUCUGAUGUACUCGUGCCUGGACUGGGGCCUCGGUGCAGACGUAGAGCGAGAACUGGAUGAGACGCUGGAGCUGCUGGUGGAUCAGAUGACCAAGGUGGACCUCCGGCUGGGCGCAGAACGCAGUCUCCAGACCAUAUGCACCAUCUCCGAGGUCCUGCAGGUUUGUGAAGAGCGCCUUUAUAACCCGAGUCAGGCGACGCAGCAUUACAGGAGCGUCUGCGCUACGCUUUACUCUCACACCGUCGAGCUCUGCAACUACCUGCAGAUCAUCCAGCACACCCAGGAGAAUCUGCAGAAACUGAUCGUGGAAUCGGAGAACAGUCUGGUGCCGGAUAUGACGACUAACUGGGGGUUCACGUGGAAGCACCUGAUUGACGAGUUGAGCAGAGGCGUUGUCCUGCACCCUCCGAGGGACAAAGUGAACACCGGCGUCCCUCUGCCCUCUGUGGACACGUCUCCUUUCAGCCAGCUCCUGCAGGACAUCCAGCUCAGACGCUACACGCUGCGCAAAGUGAAGGUCAUGUUGCAGCGCUGCGGUGUUUUUGGGUUCUUAUGGGGCGGGUUUUAUUUCUCACUUAUCACACUUUGUACACAGUGGAAGUAUUUGAAUGAAUAUUGUUGUUGCGUGAAGGUGUUGGAGAACGGUGGUACAGAGCGAGGAGCCGAUCCUUAUCAAGCGCUGCUGGACGUUAUACGGUCGGGGCCUAAACUGCGGCCGGUCAGUUUCUGGACCUUUUUUUUUUUUUUUUUGAUGGUGUAUCCAUUAUUCCUGAAGUGUCUCCCUGUCGCUCAGGUGUCGGAGCGGAAGCUUAAACCGAGAGUCCAGAACCAGAAGCACGAGGUCAGUCUGCACGAACUGCUGAUGCAGGAAAUCCGCUCCACUGACCCGGUGAAGCUCCUGUCCUCGUGUCAAAGGAGAAGGCCACGCAAAGGUCCGGUUGUUCGUGUCUGUGUAUCUGUCCCCAUCUCUGUCUCUCAUGCUGCGUUUGACUCUUCAGCAGGUUCAUCUGUGAGGAAUCUGAGCUUCUUUCCUGCUCUCUCCUCCACACCACUGAGUCUGUCCGAAGGGUGCAGGCUUUCCCGAGGAAAACGGCGUGCACAAUCCUUGCCCAGCAACCCGGAGGUUCGCCAGCUCGUAAGUGAAGAACCUUCAACGUGUGGGGUGUUUUUUGUUUUUUGUUUUUUUUGUUUUUUUAAAGAAGACUUCAAGAUAGUUGAUUGUGGGGUUUUUUUGUUUUGUUUUGUUUUUUUUGGAAAGGCAUUGAAGAAUAAAGUUUCUGUUCCCACAACGAUUGCUGAUGUCAUCAAAACACACUACAGGAAGGAGGGGAAGUUGUCGUGUGAUCCGUACGGGAACUGGCGGAUUUGUUCAUGUUGUGCAAAAAGAAGUUUGUAUUUCACCUGGCACAACUUCUGCUCUCUGUGCAAUAGGGUUGUGUGUCCAGAGUGUUGUCUAGAGCUGCGUCUACCAUUCAAAUGGUGCAUCAACCUUCCUAUAAGCUUCUUUAAGAAGAUCGUGUUGAAGAAAGAAUCUGAGGAAAGUCAGAGACUGUUCUGGAACGAGCGAUGGUCGUGGGAUCCUUCCCGGGUUCCUCUGGUUCUGGCGUCGUCUCGCGUGUCUGGUUCUGUCGCUCCUCACGCUCUGGCUAUGAGAGACUGGCAUAAUCAAGACAUGUGUGUUGGAUGUCAGGGGCUUCUCCUGGAGGCGUGCGACUCACCAGCGCCACCUUUCACAAUUAAAGCUCCUCAAGAGAUUUAAACUUUUUUUUUUUUUUUUUUUUUUUUCCUCUCUCUUCUCCAUCUUCUUGAUUCUUCUAGUCUUUUUUAUUUGUAUAUUAACAAACGGUAUUGCAAAUGCAGGACACUGCAGAAUUGUUUGGUUUAUUUUUGUGUUUUUUCCUUUUCCACGUCUGAUAUUGGCGCUUUUAAGCCCUCUUAAACACUGUUCCUUUAGCUACCUGUCACUGUGGUGUGUCGUCGUUGUUGUUGUUAUUGUUUUUGUUUAUUUAUUUGUUAGAUUUUCUUGUUCUUGGCUGCUAAAGCACAGUGGCAUUUAAUAUUAACAGUGUCCUCAUUGUACAGAAUAUUUAACUUUUUUUUUUAAAUAGCAUUUUUAAAUAUCAGAAUGGAAAUAAAUACUCGAUUUUUUCAUAUUUGACAGUGUCUUGUCUGUGUUCUCUUGUUGAGGGUUCUGCUCAUGUUUUGGAAGAACAAGGACAAAAACAAUCAAGUGGAACCGAUCUUAAUUGACGUGUCUAUUCAGUGAGGUCACUCUGAUGUAAUGAUUUUGGUUUGGGAACACUGUGGAACUUCCUGUAAUCGAUAAACAUGAACUGAACUUUAAUACGCUCCUGAAUGCUGGAAGGUUAUGGAGGCGACCAUCUUGGAAAAUAUGGAGCACGUGGAUCGUCAAGUCGCUCGUUGGAACUUGGUACCCUCUUGUGUGUGGAUCAAAUGUUCUUUAAGGGUUCUUUGCAUAAUUAGGAAGCCAAGUAUCCUUAAGUGUUCUACUUGUAACCCAAGUGGGGCAACCAAAGAACCCUUAAAGGUCCCCUGAAGAACUCCAAAUUAUUAAUUUCUCUUAAUCUAGAACCAUUUUGGCCAUAUAGUGUAGCUAAAGUUUGUGGACACUUCUUCCCAGAUUUAUUCCCCCUCUGCUGUUUAUAAUAAGCUCCUCCACUCUUCUGGGAAGGCUAUCCACUAGAUUUUGGGGUGUGGCUGUGGGGAUUUGUGUUCAUUCAGCUACAAGAGCGUUAGCGAGGUCAUGUUGGGUGAGGUGUCCUGGGGUGCAGUCGACAUUCCAAAGGUAUCCGGUGGGGUUGCGGUCAGGGCUCUGUGUAGGACACUCGAGUUUUUCCACCUUCUUCCAACCUUAACACACAAUGUCUUCAUGGAGCUCGCUUUGUACCCAGGAGCAUUGUCAUGCUGGAACAGGUUAAGGGAAACUGUAAUGCUGCAGCAUACAAAGAUAUUCCAUACAAUUAUGCUUCCAACAAAGUUUUGGGAAGAACCACAUAUGCAUGUGAUGGUCAGGAGUCCAUAAACUUUUGUCCAUAGUGUAUCUUGGUACACUCUCUUGGAAAAAGGGUUCUUCAACAGUUCUUUUAGAAGCCUUUUGAUAAAUAUGGGUUCUACUUCUAACCCUUUCCAAAACAACAGGGAAACACUUUGUUGUAGAGUUCUACAUAUGACCUUUUAAAGGGUUUCCCCCAAGAGGGACAACAAAGACCCCUAGAUGAAACUUGGAGUGUAUGUUCUAAAUGUAUUUGACCAUUUAGCUACCGAACUUCAAUCUGCUGGGGGGUGGGGUUGUUCUUUUAAAGGUUCUUUUUUGGAUAAUUUAAGGGCUACGUUUGUGGAAAGGGAGAUCUACGUGCAAGCUUGCUCAUCCUAACACGGUCUACUUAUUUGAAGGUGAAACGGUUUAAAUUUAAAGGGGUUUAUACAUUUUUAUUUAUGACUGAACUGUCCCAUUAAACUUUAAUUCAGUUCAGUAUUUAAGUACUAAUCUCAAAAUGUGUAGUAUUCCAGUAUGAAUAUCAACCGUUAUUCCUUUUCACUGGUGCAUUAAUCAGGGAAACAAGUGUAGUGCUUUUAUAAAAUAUCAAUAAUAAUGAAAAACUAGCUUGUUCAUGAACUAAUGUCCUUUUAAAGUACGAUGAUGCAAUUUCCUGUUAGCCAUGUAUUUCGAAAGUGACUAUUUUUGCUAUAUAGAACCCUUUUUUUUUUUUUUUAAAUUAUUUUACUUUUUUUUUAAAAACGGGUUUGUAAUAAAGGGACAUUAAUUGUAUUUCCUUAACAACUAAUGUAUAUAGACACUCUAUACAUUUAUAAAAGAUGAUAAAUGUUAUAUUAACAUUUUAAGAAACUAGAACUGCAACUGAUUUUAUAAGAUUAGUGAUACGGGUCAUUUUCAUUCUAAUUUUUAUUAUGGUUUUUUUUUUUUUUUUGUUCCUCAAAGUGUUUUUCUUUGACAGAAUAUUAAUUAGGUGUUAUAUCGGGGAAGCCGAACACGCUUCAUAGCUUGACGUCUGUGGUUCACGUCCUUACUAAACAUGUUAUUUGACAGCAGACUAAAGGGGAUUUUGUUAAACCCUUUUAACUCGUACAUUACACCGCUUACGGCUUGUGACCUCGUUCCUCCACCCGGUACCUCAUCUUCAAUAAUUUACCAAAACCGAGACACUAAAAAUUAUAUAAACGCACUAUUUUAACCAUGUUUUGUAACUUAUCACAUUUUAGCUUGCUCACAAACAAAAUAUCAGAUUAUAUUAUAUAAGGUAAUAGAAAUAUUUGUGGGGAGAGAUGGAUAGAUGAGAUAUAUACUUAUCCACUGUGGAAUUCUGGAUUGUGAUUGGUCAGAAGGUGUUGAAUAAUUUACUAGAACAGAAAUAUUAUAUUCAUGCACUUGCUCUAUUAUCGUUUCUAUAGUAACAGCUCACUCACAGGGACUUGUACAGCGGACGUGCCAAAUAAACGGAUGGGGGGGGAAACGUGUGUAAUCGUUGAUGGGGUGAAAAUUUUCAGUGUCUCCAGUGUCAGCAGAACAGUCGGAGGUAAAUCUGUGUUUUAAGUUUUCCAACAUAUUCAGAACAGAGAAUACACUUCGUGAUUUCUCAGUAAGCUACAUUUUUAUUUUUAUUUUGGUCUUAUUACCUUCUCAGAGAGAGACUGUUUAUAUAGCUGCUAUAACAUAAGUGAGAUCAGGAACUAACUCAUCUCGCAGGCGCUCCACAACAGUAAAUAAAAUCAUAAAUGGGAUAAAACUUGGAUCUGCUGUUCUUUCUGUACCUAAAAAUUGUAAUCACUGGUGAAUUGCUGUGGUACAAGAGGAAUAAAACGCGUUUGGAGGUGCUGUCAUAGGAAAAUAAUCAUCUUCAGGAUGGUAACAGGAGCUCCGCUUCAUCACACCAUUAUGUCGUUGAUUUGAUUAUUGUCUUAUUACAGCAUGACAACGUUUUUGGUAAUAUUGUAAAUAGAUAUAUGGCAAUUUAUAUGAAUUUUAAUAAGGAAUUUCUGUAGUUUGAAAUAUUAAUACUGAUUAUAAUACUAGUAUCUCUCUGUAUGUGACGCUCGGCUUGAUUUCAAAAUGAGACACUAGUGAAACAUUUAACGCUACAAGUCUACAUAAAUACAUAAUAUAACAAAAGUACUUAAUAAAAAAACAAAGCUAUAAACUUUAAUCUCCGUAACUAAUCUAGGAUUGUAUGUACUGUUUGCUUUAUGAUGUGGUUAUGUGGGUUAUUUAAUAAUUGUACUGGUCUGAACUUGGCCAUGUGCAAGUUCUUUCUUCUUUUUUUUCCCUCUUCUCUCUCUCCACCAAACUGGCAACACUGCUAUGCAAUUCGAGAAAGAAUCGGUUCUUUUUGAACGACUCUCGAAUCGAUUCAUAAGAUGAAUCAAAAGUUUGAGGUUACAUUUAUUUUAUUUAUUUUUUUUUUUUUAAAGACCAUUUUUCAAAAAAUAUUUUGACAUUUUUAAUCAUGUUUUUGUCCAAUAUGGCUUCCCAUUUACAAAUUUGGAGCAAUUCACAUGAUUUUUAAUUUGUUAAGAUAUACAGGUUAAUCUUUCACAUAUUGAUUGGAAGGAAAUCUAAGCACAUCACGGUUGCGUAUUUAACCUUCUGGAAAAUUUUGUAAGGUCAUCUUGUUUUUGUUUGACCUUGUCAUGCGUGAUUUUUACCAAACAAAUCGUCUUAUUAGCUCUUCAUUAUCUAAUAUUGUAAAUGUCCUAGUUUCAUCAAUUAUUAUUGCUGCAUAACUGGAACUUUAUUUAAUAACCAUAACGCGCUACUUUUGUAAAGAAUGUAAAAGUACAAAGCCACGAGUGUGUA